UGAUGAGCUUCAUGAGAACACCAUGGUAGCUGAUGCAAAUACCCAACCAGCUUGCAACACCCUGAUGACUAAUGAAGGAGAGGAUCGAUGGAACCGAGGAGUUAAUAUGGGGCAUGGUCUGCAAACGAUGAACUGGUCUCGUCGUGGCAAGCUACCAAUUAUCAUACCUGAAGGGUAUAUCAGGCCUGUGGUGCCUGAUAUUGCUUCAAAGUAUGCAACUGAAUGCAACAUCGCUGUUAGGAACCAUGUGCAUGUGCUCAAGCACUGGAAGGAAUACAAGAAACACCCGGCUCUGAUUGACCUUUUUCUGGGAAUACUAUGUGCAAAGUUCGAUAUUGACAGAAAUGAUGCUAUAGUUAGAAAUGGUUGCAUUGAAAUGAUGAAGUCUGCAGUUCGCCAACAACGACAUAGGCUGAAGAAAGACCAUUUUGAUCCUUUUCCACUGCAUUUGGUUUCGAAAACGUCUCCUAUCAAAUCAACAAGUAAUGAACAGUGGAUGGAGCUUGUAGAAUCAUGGAAGAGUCCCAACAAAAUGGAGGCAUGUCAAAAGAAUAAAGACAAUCGAGGCAACGUCAGGUUCCAUCAAACAACUGGCUCUCGUAGCUACCCGGUUUUUGUAGAAAACUUGGUAAGUGUCAAUACUAAAAUGGAAAACCAGCUGGCAGCAGAACCACCAGAAGGUGAAGAACCCAAGUCAAAGACUGAGGUUGUAGCUGAUGUGCUUGAGCGCAAUAGCAAGAACAAUCAGUUCCUUCAUAAAGUGGGGCUACAGGCUGAACAACGACCAAGGAUCAGUGGACGUGAUGCUGUAGCACAACUGGAAGUAGAGAAGAUGGCAAAUGCUGGUCUUCGAUCAAUUAUCAGCAACCAAUCAAAGCAGCUGGAGGAAGUUGAAUAG